AUGGCGCAAAACAGGGUGCUGAUGGUGACAGGAGGCGAUGGAGAUGAUGCUGAUGUAGCCAUUAUUGGGGCAUCGAGCAGUGGAGCUGCUGCUGCUGCUGCUGCUGGCAAAGGCAAGGGUAUCGCCAGGGAAUCAACCACUGGUGUUGUGACCGGUGGUAGGAGCACGAGCACGACGGCGGACACCGGCAUUGAGGUGGUCUGCGAAGAUGGUAAAGAGGCACAACAGAACACUAGCAUUGUUUUUCCUCCAUCUAUUGGUAAGGCAAGUGGUAGUGGGGCUGCAAGUUGUUCAGCUAAUCAUCAAACUAGAAUUGACAAGUUUUACAAAAGUCCUGGUAGUUCUUUCCAAGCUCCCUUUGACAUAGAUUUGGUACGUAGUAGGAAUCAAGUGCAGCCUCGAGUGGAUGUUAUGCUCACUGCGGGUGCUAGAGAGAAGCUUGGGAAAGCUUGGGCAAAGUGGUUCCAUGCUAAUGAUAUUCCUGGAAGGAAAGCGGACUGCCCAUACUUUCGAGCAGCAGUCAAGUUAUCUCAAGAGUUUGGAGAUGGAGUGCAUAUUCCACGUGGAAAAGAAAUAGAUGGCCCAUUAUUGGAUAGGAAUUUUGAUGAUGUGGAGGCUCACUUAGCUGAAUUCAAGGAAGACUGGAAUGAAUAUGGAGUUACCAUCAUGUGUGAUUCAUGGACAGGCCCUACUAUGAUGUCUAUUAUUAACUUUAUGAUCUUUUGCCAUGGACGCAUGUUCUUUCACAAGACUGUAGAUGCAUCUGGUUGUACCCAAAAUUCAGAUUUUAUCUAUAAGAUUCUCAAAGAAGUGGUUGUUGUUGAGGUUGGGAUACAAAAUGUUGUUCAGAUUGUCACAGAUAAUGGUGCCAACUACAAGAAAGCUUGCAAGCUGCUCAUUGCUGAGUAUACUCACAUCACUUGGCAACCAUGUGCUGCUCACACAAUUAAUUUGAUGUUAAAGGACCUAGGGCGUUUUCCUCUUAUUGAGCAUGUAGUGGACAGUGCAAAGAAAUUUUGUAGAUUCUUGUAUAACCAUAAUAGGUAA